AUACACUCGCUUACAACAAAAGGGGAUUGAUUCGAUUCUAUAAACCCAAAGCAAAACACCCUUUUCGUGCUUGUUACUAAACCCCUUCCUCCACCUACGGCGGCUCCUUCGACUCUCCCCGCCGGAACCACUGCAUUCCGAUUACCCUUCGUAAACCCAUUUGAAGCUUCUUCUUACUUCUCCUCUAUUGCCGCCGCCGCCACUAAAACCCUUUCACCUUUUUCUGUAAAGUUUUCAAAUUUCUUAGCAUCCAUUACUCUUUUAAGUGUUUUGUGGAUUCCUUUUGUUGCGUUGAAGUUAAGUUCGGAGAAUGGCUGCGUGGUCUAGUAGAAAGUUGCUUAGAGACGUUUUUCUCAAAAGGGCUGUUUUCAAUCGAAUUCCAACCGUCAGAGCUUUUUCUUCUUCACCUCAAAAUGCUCCUAAGAUUGGUUACUAUUCCAAGAAAGGAAGACUGUUGACAGGAGCCACGUUAGGCCUAGUUAUAGCCGGUGGAGCUUAUGUGAGUACUGUGGAUGAAGCUACUUUCUGCGGAUGGUUAUUCUCAGCAACAAAACUCGUGAAUCCUUUUUUCGCUUUGAUGGACGCCGAGGUUGCACACAGACUAGCGGUCUCAGCUGCAGCUCGUUGUUGGGUUCCCAGGGAGAAGAGGCCCGAUCCACCAAUUUUAGGUUUAGAGGUUUGGGGAAGAAAGUUCUCCAACCCAGUAGGUCUUGCUGCAGGCUUUGAUAAAAAUGCCGAGGCUGUGGAUGGCUUACUUGGUUUAGGCUUUGGCUUUGUGGAGGUUGGCUCUGUUACUCCUGUCCCCCAGGAUGGAAAUCCAAAGCCUCGAAUGUUUAGGUUGCGAAACGAAGGUGCUGUUAUAAAUAGAUGUGGCUUUAAUAGCGAGGGGAUUGUUGCUGUUGCAAAGCGGUUGGGUGCUCAGCAUGGUAAGAGAAAACUAGAUGAAACUUCAAGCACUUCAACAAAUUCAAAUAAUGAAGUCAAACAUGGUGGAAAAGCUGGCCCUGGCAUUCUUGGUGUCAAUCUCGGCAAGAACAAGACAAGUGAAGAUUCUGCAGCAGACUAUGUUCAAGGAGUACAUACAUUGUCCCAAUUUGCUGAUUAUUUGGUGAUUAAUGUUUCAUCACCCAAUACCCCUGGCUUGCGCAUGCUUCAAGGAAGAAAGCAAUUGAAGGAUCUUGUAAAGAAGGUUCAGGCUGCACGUGAUGAAAUGCAAUGGGGUGAGGAGGGCCCCCCUCCAUUGUUGGUAAAAAUCGCACCAGAUUUGUCAAAAGAAGACCUUGAAGACAUUGCUGCAGUUGCAUUGGCUCUUCACUUGGAUGGACUGAUUAUAUCAAAUACUACUAUUUCAAGACCAGAUCCUGUCAAAAACAAUCCAUUGGCCUCAGAAACUGGUGGCUUGAGUGGGAAGCCUCUCUUCAAUCUCUCUACCAAUAUCUUGAAGGAGAUGUAUAUCUUGACAAGGGGUAGGAUUCCUUUGAUUGGCUGUGGGGGCAUUAGCAGUGGGGAGGAUGCAUACCAGAAAGUACGAGCUGGAGCAACUCUUGUUCAACUCUAUACAGCAUUUGCUUAUGGGGGACCUGCACUCAUUCCUCAAAUAAAGGCUGAAUUAGCUGCAUGCUUAGAAAGAGAUGGUUUCAAAUCCAUCCUUGAUGCAGUUGGUGCAGAUUGCAGAUGAGUUUUAUCCGGGAAGCAUAAUAUCAUUAUAGGUGUAGCAGUGUUUCUAUUUUGGCAUUGCCAAGUUUGCAUUUUUUUUGUUUUACUUUUUGCUUGCCUUUCUCUUAUAUAUUGUUAUUUAAUUUAAAUGGGUUUGGCCACGUGUUCUGAAUUGUAAAAGUGAAGGUUUUUUUUAGGCAAUUCAGUCAAUUUUUGUUUUAGAGUGAUGAUGAUUGUUUGGCAAUAAACUGCCAAAUCAUUGAGAAAUACUUGUGUUGUGUAGCAUAAACCCAUAAACAAAGUUAUGGGGCAUAAAGUUAGAAUAACCCAUCAAUAUGCCGUCAAGUGGUACUCUAAAUUUAUUUAUGUGAAUACUCAACAUGAAGCCAUGUUAUGUUGGUUGUGUAUUGAAAUUCUUAUUGUCGUCGUUGGUA